AUGAAAUUGCCGUCUUUCAAAGGGGGAAUAGAGCCAAUGAAAGUUGAAGCCUGGGUGUUGGGAAUAGAGAAGUUAUUCGAAGUUUUCCCAUGUACCGAAGCUCAAAAGGUGCAACUAGCUGCCUUCACUAUUGAGGACGAGGCCCGGAGGUGGUGGAUGCUUACGAGAACAAUCCAUCCAGGGUUAACAUGGGACAGAUUUCUGGAGCUGUUUUAUGAUAAAUAUUUCCCUCAAAGCAUGCAGGAUAAAAAGGUGACUGAAUUCGAAACUCUCAGACAAGGGAACAAGACUAUUGCUGAAUAUGAGGCCCAGUUUGCAGAGUUAGCCCGGUUUGCACCGCACAUGGUGGACAAAGACUACAAGAAGGCACGAAAAUUUGAAGGGGGAUUACGGGGAGUAAUUCUGGAUCGAGUCAAUAUGUUGAAGUUACCUACCUAUGUAGACGUACUGGAGAGGGCUGUUAUAGCUGAGGGAAACCUUGCUGCUCAGAAUCGGAUCACCGAGUGGAAAGGAAAAAGGCUGAAUAAUCAAUGGUCAAAGGGGCCAAGUAUUCCACCAAACAAGAAACAAAAUUUAGGGACUUCAAAUACUUCUGCCCCUAGUCAAGGUAUGAUUCCUGCUUGUUCGGAAUGUGGAAAGAGGCAUCGUGGGACAUGCCAAUGGAAGUCUGGAGCCUGCUAUCAGUGUGGCAAAACGAGUCAUUUGAUAAAGGAUUGCCCUCAGAGGAAUCAACGAAAUGGCGAUAAGGCUGCUACCAGUUCAACGGGGUCUGCACCAACUGCCAACACCAAGUCAGCUGCUAAAUCUACUAACAAUAAAGACACAGCGAGACAAGGCAGAGUGUUUGCAUUGGUUCUAGGAGAUGUGCAGAAUGCAGCAACAGUAGUGUCAGAAUUGCCAUGGCAGUUGAUAGACCGUGAAAUUGAGUUUACCAUUGAAGUAGCGCCGGGAACCCAACCCAUUUCGAAGACUCCGUAUAGAAUGUCGCCAGUUGAGAUGAAGGAAUUGAAAAUGCAGUUGCAAGAUUUAUUGGACAAGGGAUUCAUCCGUCCGAGUGUGUCUCCGUGGGGUGCACCAGUACUAGUCACUAAUGCACCAGCAGCUUUUAUGGGUUUGAUGAACCGUGUUUUCAAGCCCUAUUUGGAUGAAUUUGUGGUGGUUUUUAUUGAUGAUAUUCUCAUCUAUUCGAAGAAUGCAGAUGCUCAUGAGAAUCAUCUUCGUUUGAUCCUUCAAACCCUCCGGGAAAAGAAAUUGUAUGCAAAGCUGAAGAAAUGUGAAUUAUGGCUACUAUAG